GAUAUCUGCUAGCAUUCAGAUUGUUAAUCCUGCUUCGUGCAACUGCAGUACAGAGUUUUGACAAAUAACCAUGGCAGAUGAAGAAGUUCAGGCCCUUGUGGUAGAUAAUGGUUCAGGCAUGUGCAAAGCUGGAUUCGCUGGUGACGAUGCACCAAGAGCUGUAUUCCCUUCAAUUGUCGGACGACCUAGACAUCAGGGAGUCAUGGUCGGUAUGGGUCAGAAGGACAGCUAUGUCGGUGAUGAAGCACAAUCGAAACGUGGUAUUCUCACCCUCAAGUACCCAAUUGAACAUGGUAUUGUCACGAACUGGGACGACAUGGAGAAGAUCUGGCAUCACACAUUCUAUAAUGAGUUGCGUGUAGCUCCAGAAGAACACCCCGUCCUGUUGACUGAAGCUCCACUGAAUCCAAAAGCCAAUCGUGAGAAGAUGACACAGAUCAUGUUCGAGACAUUCAACACACCAGCCAUGUAUGUUGGUAUCCAAGCUGUGCUGUCAUUGUACGCGUCAGGUCGUACGACCGGUAUUGUGCUCGACUCUGGUGAUGGUGUGACACACACUGUACCCAUCUACGAAGGUUAUGCUUUGCCACACGCCAUCCUGCGUCUGGAUCUCGCUGGUCGUGACUUGACUGACUACCUGAUGAAGAUCCUCACGGAGCGUGGUUACAGCUUCACCACAACUGCCGAGAGAGAAAUCGUGCGUGAUAUCAAGGAGAAACUGUGCUAUGUGGCUCUGGACUUUGAACAGGAGAUGGCUACUGCUGCCUCCAGCUCAUCCCUCGAGAAGAGCUAUGAACUCCCUGAUGGUCAGGUCAUCACCAUUGGUAACGAACGCUUCCGUUGUCCUGAGGCCUUGUUCCAACCGAGCUUCUUGGGUAUGGAAUCUGCUGGUGUUCACGAGACCACCUUCAACUCAAUCAUGAAGUGUGAUGUCGACAUUCGUAAAGAUCUGUAUGCCAACACAGUGUUGUCAGGUGGUACAACAAUGUUCCCAGGUAUUGCUGAUCGUAUGCAGAAGGAGAUCACUGCAUUGGCACCAAGUACAAUGAAGAUCAAGAUUGUUGCCCCACCUGAGCGUAAAUACUCCGUUUGGAUUGGUGGUUCAAUUUUGGCGUCACUGUCCACCUUCCAACAGAUGUGGAUUUCCAAACAAGAAUAUGAUGAGUCUGGUCCUGGUAUUGUUCAUCGUAAAUGCUUCUAAUUUUCCUUGUAUAAACACUUCAGAAAAAAUUGUGAAAUAUUUAUGAUAUUUAUCUUACAUUGCCCACUCUGAAAUAAACUUAUCUUUGAUCCACUU